GCAGCUCCCACUGCCACAGCCCCGCCGCAGGUGCCGCCCCCAACACACCGGAUCCCGCCCAAGCUCGUCUGUCUACCGUCGGUCGGUGUGUGCGUGCGCCUCGUCGGUCCGCGUGCGUGUGGCCGAGCGCCCCCUUCCUCUGCGGCCAUGACUCCACCGCCGCCUCCGCCCCCACCCCCGGGCCCAGAUCCCGCAGUAGACUCCGCCACAGACCCCUGCCCAGGGUCCCAGUCGCUGGUCGUUUUGUUCGGGGCCACGGCUGGUGCGCUGGGGCCGGACCUAGGCUCGGACGAGACCGACUUAAUCCUCCUAGUCUGGCAAGUGGUGGAGCCGCGCAGCCGACAGGUGGGGACGCUACACAAGUCGCUAGUUCGCGCUGAGGCAGCUGCCCUGAGUCCACAGUGCCGCGAGGCGAGCGGCCUCAGCGCAGACAGCCUAGCGCGGGCGGAGUCCCUGGACAAGGUGCUGCAGCAGUUCUCACAGCUGGUGAGCAGGGAUGUGGCUCUGCUGGGCGGGGGCCCCUGCGUGCUCUGCACUGAUGGGCAGCAGCUGUUGCGACAGGUUCUGCACCCUGAGGCCUCCAGGAAGAACCUGGUGCUCCCAGACACCUUCUUCUCCUUCUACGACCUCCGCAGAGAGUUUCAUAUGCAGCAUCCAAGCGCUUGCCCCGCCAGAGACCUCACAGUGGGAACCAUGGCACAGGACUUGGGACUAGAAACAGAUGCAACAGAAGAUGACUUUGGGGUCUGGGAGGUGAAGACCAUGGUAGCUGUUAUUCUCCACCUACUUGAAGGGCCCAAUGGUCAGUUGUUUUCGAAGCCAGAGGUGGUAAAGCAGAAAUAUGAAACGGGGCCUUGCAGCAAGGCUGAUGUGGUGGACAAUGAGACUGUAGUACGGGCCCGUGGGUUGCCCUGGCAGUCAUCAGACCAGGAUGUGGCUCGAUUCUUCAAAGGGCUCAACAUUGCCAGGGGUGGUGUAGCGCUCUGUCUCAACGCCCAGGGCCGCAGAAAUGGCGAGGCUCUCAUCCGAUUCGUGGACAGCGAGCAGCGGGACCUAGCGCUGCAGAGACACAAGCACCACAUGGGUGUCCGCUAUAUUGAGGUAUAUAAAGCCACAGGGGAGGAAUUCGUAAAGAUCGCAGGGGGCACAUCACUAGAGGUGGCCCGCUUCCUGUCCCAGGAAGACCAGGUGAUCCUGAGGCUACGCGGACUCCCUUUUUCAGCCGGGCCAACAGAUGUCCUAGGCUUCCUGGGGCCAGAGUGCCCAGUGACUGGGGGUGCUGAUGGGCUACUCUUUGUGCGCCACCCUGAUGGCAGGCCGACUGGAGAUGCCUUUGCUCUCUUUGCCUGUGAGGAACAGGCACAGGCUGCUCUGCGCAGGCACAAAGGCAUGCUGGGUAAGCGAUACAUCGAACUCUUCAGGAGCACUGCCGCUGAGGUUCAGCAGGUCCUAAACCGCUAUGCAACCAGUCCACUCCUUCCCACACUGACUGCUCCACUGCUGCCCAUUCCCUUUCCACUGGCAGGAGGGACCGGAAGGGACUGUGUACGCCUCCGAGGCCUGCCCUACACAGCCACCAUUGAAGACAUUUUGAGUUUUCUAGGAGAGGCAGCAGCUGACAUUCGGCCUCACGGUGUGCAUAUGGUGCUCAACCAGCAGGGCCGGCCGUCUGGUGAUGCCUUCAUCCAGAUGAUGUCAUCGGAGCGUGCUCUGGCGGCUGCCCAGCGUUGCCACAAGAAGGUGAUGAAAGAACGCUACGUGGAAGUAGUCCCUUGUUCCACAGAGGAGAUGAGUCGUGUGCUGAUGGGGGGUUCCUUGAGCCGCAGCGGCAUGUCCCCUCCACCCUGCAAACUGCCCUGCCUCUCACCACCUACCUACGCCACCUUCCAAGCCACCCCAGCCCUCAUUCCCACAGAGACAACAGCACUGUAUCCUUCAUCUGCACUGCUUCCAGCUGCCAGGGUACCUGCUGUCCCUGCUCCUCUUGCCUACUACCCAGGGCCGGCCACUCAACUGUACAUGAACUACACAGCCUACUACCCCAGCCCCCCAGUUUCUCCCACUACUGUGGGCUACCUCACCACACCUCCUACUGCCUUGGCCUCUACUCCCACUUCAAUGUUGUCACAGCCAGGAGCCCUGGUCCGAAUGCAGGGGGUCCCAUAUACGGCUGGUAUGAAGGAUCUCCUCAGUGUUUUCCAAGCCUACCAGCUGGCCCCUGAUGACUACACCACUCUGAUGCCUGUUGGUGACCCGCCUCGCACUGUGUUACAAGCCCCCAAGGAGUGGGUGUGUUUGUAGAAGAGAAAACCAGGAAGCAGAGUGAGUGAGCUGAUGUCCCCAGCUAACAUGCCUUUCCUGAGUCCAGAGCGCCCUUGAUCCAGCGGCUUCUUUCUGGCUUGUCAAAGCUCUCAAAGGCACCAGGAAAAAAUCAAGCUCAGCACCAUUCUCCUUCCUCCCAUAUACCCUUGUUUCUCUGCCUGCUUACCCUAAAGAUGAUGGCCACCUUACAGGCAGGACUGGGGUUGUGAUGGUGUGACACCCAGGAAGCCUUUGAUCCGGUUGAAGGGUGCACAGCAGGCCUGUGUGGGUAUUUGUGACUCGGGAGAAUCAGCAGGUCCACCUGAGCCUGAGACCCCAAUGCUCUACUCUUCCUAUCCUUCUGAGAGGCAGGACAGCAGUGAGUCAGCACCCACCCUCAGGAUACCUGGACUUCAGAAACAAAGCGCCAGAGAUGGCCUUAAAUAAGCCCUCUCCAACCAGAACCAAGGAGCUUCGGAUGGCAAAAUCACCAGCUGGAUGUGAUGGUUCAUGUCUGUAACCCAGCACUCAGGAGACAGGGAGGAAGACUCUUUUAAGUCCAAAUCUAGUUUGGUCUACACAAUCAAUUUUAAUCCAGUCAAGGCUGUAUACCCCCCUACCACAAACACCCCCCAACCCCACCCCCAGUUAUUCUAAAUUGUGCUGCUGCAAUAUCCCCAGAGAACACCAGAGGGCAAGUAGCACUUGUAAACUCAGGUUGAUUCUAAAGGGGACUCUGUCAAGGUUUUCUUGGUGACACCUUGAAAGACCAGUUGUCUAGACCUCAGCAAACACCGUGGCAUGUCCUUUGCAUCCAUUAAAGGAUGCAGAACUCAUCCUAGAAGGAAUUUUGAACUCUUUCUUCUUUGUAAAGUAAAUGAAAAUUCCUGAUGAAGCAGACUUUUAACAAGUCACAGGGCUCUGGCCCGAAGGGUUCCACGCCAGCCCCAUUGGAGAGAAACUGAGAUUUCAAGGACACCGCUGAUCGUCGCUGUUUAUUAUUUCAGCACUGUAACUGAGGAGGAGCCUGAACUGCUGGCUCGUCUUCCCUUUGUAUUUGUGUAAGGAGCACUGCACUCCUAUAAAAGAUUUUAAAAUACAAAAUGUACAAGAAAACACAA